AUGUGCUCAUCCAUGUUUGUAUGCUGCAGUUUUCUCACAGCAGGUCUUCAUGUCAGUCGCUGUGGUGUUGCCGAAUGGACGAGAGAUCCGGGACUGUUUGUAACAAGGCCCCGGAGUCCCGGAAAACCCAACGACUGCGUUUGGUUUCAGUCCUGCCCGCUUAACAUGACCUCUUUCACAGUGUCAGGACGGACCCAGCCCCCGAUUCAUAGCGAUGUUGAUUUCCUGCUUAAUGAGAUCAACACUGACUCACCAGGAGGAGCCGAGGACGAGGAGUUUAUAGAGUUAUGGCAUCCGUCUGGCUUCCGUAUGUCGCUGGAUUUCAUCUGGAUGGUGAUGAUCAAUGGACAGACUGGAAGGGUGUACUAUGAGCUGGAGCUGAAUGGAUAUUACACGGAUGAUGACGGAUACUUCCUGAUUGGCAGUUCGAAUGUCGGCCCUCACAUUAGAAUCCCAUCGAACACUAUUCAGAACGGACCAGACGCUAUAGUGUUAUAUCGCAGCAAGUCUCCGCCCUCUAAAGAGGGUCAGAAUAUUCCCAAAAGCGGUUUGCUGGAUGCGGUGGUUUACCGCACUCGUGGCUCUGAUAAAAAGGUUUCGGAGCUAACAGAAGCGCUGACACCAGGACAGCUCCCUCUGCUGGAGGACAUCAGUGCGCUACCCGCUGACGAGACCCUGAGUCGAUGUGGACCCGAGAGACUCAACCUCAAUGCUUUCAGGGUCACUUCUCCCACACCAAGGAAGCAGAAUAACUGUCCUCCCAAACCCACCAUACCUCUGCCUCCUGAGGGUCUCGUCAUCAAUGAAUGGGGCAAGACCUCGUUAAACCAGUCACAGGAGAGUUUAUUUGUGGAGCUGACUGGCCCACCGUCGACUCCACUGAAUGGACUUGUUUUGGUGUUUUUUGGGGAAGAUACUACAGAAUGGAGCGUCCCGCUCACUGGCAGCACAGGAAGUGAUGGACUCUAUCUGGUCGCCAAUGAUUCUCAAGCAGAUCAGGGUUUACCAACGCUGGGUCAUUUGGGUGCAGUGCUGUUGUGUUUUGAGCCGUCAGGAUCAGGGUUUUGUGGGAGCAACUCACAUCAUUUGGACUGUCUAGUUUUUUCCAAUGACCCAAAGUUACAGAGAUUUCUCCAGCACAACAUGACACACUUCGUGUACACACUCUUCAGUGUGGCUUCUUUAUCUCGAUGUGCAUCAGAAGGGCCCGUUCUCUGGAUCGCUUCCCAACCGACUCCACGCCUACCGAACCGCUGCCCGAGUCCCGCCUUCUCCAGCUCCGUGGAUCUGUGCCUGCAGCCGGACGAUAAUAACUGGCAGAGCGGAUCAGGAAAUUGUGCCCAGGAGGAGUUUGCUGUUUUAUUAGAGCGGUUGUGUAACUGUGGGAUCUCAAGCUUACAUGUUAAAGGUGUGAAUGUGUCCUGUGAGGCGGGUCGGUUGUACACACAGGGGUCUGUUCUUGCUGUUUCUGACCAACAGAUGAAGCGAAUCAAUGAGAUAGUGAGUGACAACAAGCUCUCAUGUUCAACUGAACAGGAGCGACUGGUUCAUGGAGCGGGGUCGUCGGUCGCUCUGCAGGUCGGGCUUGUGCUUGCGGCGCUCCUGCUGUUCGCAUUGGGUGCUGCUCUGUUUGUCUUCUUGUACAAAAAAAGGCGUCCUGCUGACUACCUCUCCAUGCAGCUGAGCGAACAGGCCGAGACGCCGCUCGAUCUCUAGUGUGUUUACAUGAGCGUGUGCGUGAGUGUGGAUGAAUUUAUGCAGGAUGAUGAGUGUUUGAGCGUUUGUUAGUUUUUAUAAAGAUAAAUGUGUUUUUACUAUAUAUGAAUGCAGGCUCACAGUUUUAUCAGAAACACUUUGGUUAUGCAAUGUUGAUAUUCCGAAGAUUUUAAGACAUCAGGAUGUUUGAUUUCUUUAGUGUUUUAUCAAAUGUUCCAAAAAUCAUUCUUUUAUUGUAUUUUUGUUUCAUAAUGUGACUUUGAAUUGAAUUGUCAUUAGUUAGCAGUAAAGACUGUAAAAACACAAUUAUAGUUAUUACUAAGUAGAAAUCAGCAAACAGAGCACGAGUUUUAAAAACAAGAUCAUUCCACCAUAAAGUUCAUGUUAGCAGUUUUAAAUCUUAGCAUAUUGAUACGUAGCUUUGUCAGUGUUUAUCAGCAUUUGAUUUGAAUCUUUCCUCCUUCGUGAGUCUUUCUGCAGGUGUUGUGUUUGUUUUAUGUGUUUACAGAUUUUCCUUUAUGCAUCUGCACAGUAUUAUCAGUUGUUCUCAGGGUUGUCAGAGCAGUGUUUGUGUGCAGUAAAGAGCUUCUGACCACAGAUGCAUUUCUGUGUGUAGAACCAGUGUGCCAUUAUGGUAAGACAGAGCAAAAAACAUUACUUAAAGUUCACUGUUCACUCAAUUCAUUUCCAUUCUCAAUUGUUAGUUGAUCUCAACGGCCUGUUAAUGAGAUAUUAGAGUGUUCUGUCACUUAAUUGUCGUUGUAGGACUGGCAGCGCUCAUGACACUGAAUCAGACAGUCAGCUCGGCUUUCUUAGGACGUAGAGCAGAAAGUCCCACACAGGAAAUAAAGGGUCAAGACGGCAAGGUAUAAUGCUGAUUACUGUUUUUGUCAGAGUAGAAGUGUAGAAUUGAAAUGUGUUCCAUUAUGUCCAUUUUGAAAGUUAGUUUUGCAAAACUAAAAUACAAUGCGCAAAUGUUGCAUUCUCACUGGUUCCUUAUAGGAUUUUUAAUGUAAUUGAUUAUUGAUUUAGUCUUUCAUCUUUGAUGUUGAUUACCAGUCUUGUGUACAUUUGGAAGAGGAAAUUUUCUGAAAGUAAUACAAUCACAAUAAAUGUUUCUAUUUGUUAAUAUUGAA